UUGAAUUCACAGGCGAAAGAGUUCAACAAUGAAGUCUACAAGUUUUACUUGUGUGUUGGGGUGUGCGUUGCUUAUCCUGGCACCGACUGGUCCUGUCCAAGCAAAGAGUUUGUUAGCAAUCAUGUCUAAACAGGCGGAAACACUCCAGCAUGGUCUUGAUUUGGCUUCCAAGGUCGGGGAUAUAGGUUCUCGAACAUAUGGCGUAGCAUUUACAGUCGUUCCAUCGAGCACAACAACCUAUAGUUCUGGGUCCACCAUACAAUUUAACCGACUGAAAUAUAAUCAAGGCAAUGGUUUCAAUACUAGCAACUACCGCUUCACUGCUCCCGCUGCUGGUAUGUACGUCUUCUCUUGGAGCCUUUCUAUCCCCAGUAGCUAUGUGGGAAAUUCGAACUUGUUAAAAAAUGGCAGCAUCUAUCAUCAACUCAACUGCCAGAAAACUUACCAACAAUGCGGCGCCACCGUCACAAUGUGGCUGAACAGGGGGAACCAAGUCUGGGUCACGUCCGCCUAUUCCAGUAUCUACGUGUAUGCCACAUAUUCGUCUUUCUCUGGGUGGAAAAUCAACUGAAAACUGUAUCAGCAUUGAUUUUUAUCAAUAAAGGGAAAUGCAUGUAAACUAUAUCUUGU